AUGGCGACCGGAGGAUUGCUGCUUGGCCGCUCAUUUCCGCUGCUGCUAAUCCACAGCAGCAAGACGGUUAAGCUCACUAAUCGCUAUGGCCGCCGCGCCUCUUACUCCUUUCUCGGCGGGAGCGGUAGUCCUUGUUGGUGGCAGAACAGCGCGGCGAGGUUUUUAGCGAAAGCAUUGACGAACGAGGAAGCGUCAGACGUGGAAGAUUUCAGCCCCAAAAUCCAGCAAGUGAUUGAGUGGUUUGAGAAACUUCAAGGUGUGGAUCUCAAUCAGGUGGAGCCUGGGAUCCGAGCAGCUACAGCAGCAGAGGCUGAAGAAGGAGUGAACUUGAGGGACGAUGUUCCUGCAACAUUCCCCAAAACGGAUGCCAUCAUCAAAGGCCUUCCAAGCUACGACGAGCCUAAUGUUCGAGUUCCUAGAGUCUUGAACAAGGAGGAUUGA